GUCUACCUGCAUCUGUAGCAGGUAGAUAAUUCCAAAAAACAAUGGAAUCCAAGCCUGGUACGAGCCACCCAGAGGUGUACAUUCCUACCCACUCCUCCGCAACCAGUCGGGCAGAUCUCCACUGCUGCUGUGGUCAGAAGGACUGCGUGUUCCUCCAGCAUAACCACGACGCUCUUGAAGGAUUGGAGAAGGAUCUCGAGACAGCGGCGCGGCUAGGUCAGGCUCUACUCCACCGCCAUGAGUCUUAUAUGGCCGAGGCGGAAGAAGACCGCCGCCGGUUACUUGCUAACAUUGAGACUCUAGAGCGCGAAAAGCGCCAGGUCGAAGAAGAGAAUGCUCGGAUUGUUGAGGUGAACCGCAACCUCCUCGAUGAAUUAGAGGGCCUGAACAAGGCACUCGCUGACUCGGACUCUUACGCCAAAACGUUGGCUUUGAAACUCGAGAGAAACGAAGCGGAGCUACGCACAUUGGCCGCUUCGGCUGCGCGUGCUGCUGAUGUCGAGGCACAGCUGGCUAUCUUGGAAGCCGAGCAGUCGAAGUUGCAGGACAGCCUGUUGACAGCUCAGGAAGACUCGAAGUCGGCGAUGGACCGAUGGAAGAAAGCGGAGUGUAUGAUUCGAGACCUGAACGAUCAGGUUGAUAGGAUGGAAAAGGAAGCAAGUGAGGAGCGCGAACGGCAUGCUGAGGUGGUUCAGCGCAUGGAAAGGCGGCGUAUGGUCGAGCGCGAGCUUGAUGGGGCAGCUGGUCGACUGAAGGGAGCGGCGGCUGCUCAGAACCUCACUCGGGCCGGCGGAUCAAGCGUGGUAUCGCGCUUUGUGAAGGACAUUCUACAGGAUAAUGCAAAUCUGCAAAUGGGAAUCGUGGAGCUGCGGGAGAUGCUCGAGAAUUCCAACCAGGAGGUUCAGGAACUGCGUGAUCAGAUUUUGUUGCACCAACCUCUCGCGCCGCCAGCUGAAGGCGACCGACCGACAACAACGUUGAGCCAGGAACUGGAGGCCAGAGAGUCGCGUAGAGUGUCGCAAGAGUUUCACAUCCACCACCAUUACCACACUCCACCAGUUCACAAAAAGGAGAAAGGCACGCUUUUUCGUCGCUCCAAGAAGCGCCGUUCCUUGGGCAACCCGCCUAUGCAUUCUAGUUCGGAUACGCAGCCCUCUCGCAAAGCCAAGCAUCGAUCCCAGCCUUCUGCAUCCUCUGCUUCAACGAUUCUAUCACAGACAUCUGUUUCAAUCCCUCCACCUGCGUCGCAUCGGUGGUCCUUACAGUCUCCUGUGCCGCCUGAUUCCAUGGCCAGUUCUCCUCAGUCAGCUUAUCGCUCAUCUAUGUCUAUCUUUGAUCGUGUGGACCGUGGAUUCGAUACGUCACAGCCUACCAGCCCUGACAGUGCGACCUUUACAUCGCCAUUGAGGAAUGGCCGGUUCAAGGGUGGCGGACCCUCAGACGCAUACCGCACGCUGGAUGGAACCGAUGACAGACCAAUGAGUGAUUGUGAAUUUAACGAGUUUCAAUUGCAAUCGGUGAUCCCUGAGGAAACAGAAGACACAACAUCCAUCUCUCGACCGGAGUCCCCAGCAGCCGGUGAUGAUAUCUUUUCCACUUCCACGCCGUACCGAAGGGUGCGUCGAGCCACUUCGCACGAGAGUUUAUUCUCGGUUGCAGGCAUGGACAUCCACACACCCAGCCGUCGUCCAUCACGAAUGAGUGACUUCAGGCUCGGUGCUCUGCCGCUACGAGUACAGCGCCGGAUCUUGUCAACUGACCUCGCCUCUACACCACCUACAACCUCUACCAUCACUGUCACUGCGGGAAGGGAUUCCACCAAAGCCUCUCCCUUUCACCAAUCGCCCCAGUCUCUCCUUGCUUCUGUAGCUGGCUCCCAACAAGUUCAUGACCAAGAAGCCGACAGCCACAUGGCUCAGACAUCGAUGGACGAUUCCGCCCUUACGCCAACGCGGAUUCUCUCCAUCGGCAGCCGCGUCGGCGGCUGGGUCCGCGGCCGCUGGGGUACAGCCCCGACAUCUUCUGCCCGUCGCGGCCUCAGACUACUCUCGGAAACGAAUGAAACAUCUGCAAGUCCAGAGCAGUCUUGCGCUUGCUCGACACACUCCGCAGAGCAGCAAACUCCUUCCUCAACCCCUCAGCCACAGAAACGACCGCCACUCCGGUUCCGUCAUCCGGGUGUUAACCAAAAGGGUCCGAUUAUGGGUCUCCGUCCUCCACCUCCCCCGCCUAUCUCUAUACAUGCUGAGCGGAUCGAUGAAGGGUUGUUGAGGGAAAGUUUAGCUGAAUAG